AUGACGGACUCUCCUCCGCGCACCCCGCAGAACGGCGUGGAUGGCUCGAUCUCAAAAAUGCUGCCGGAUACGUACCAGUUCCCGACUGGAAAGCUGAAGAGGGUUCUCAGCGACAGCUCGAAGACGCCGCUCGUGCUUAUUUCGUGCGGAUCGUUCUCGCCUAUCACAUACCUGCAUCUGCGACUGUUUGAACUGGCGAUGGAUCAUGCGAGGAUAUCCACGGAUUUUGAGGUGGUGGGAGGGUACCUUUCGCCGGUCGGAGACGCGUACAAGAAGGCUGGUCUUGCGAGCGCGGAGCACCGGAUUCGUAUGUGCGAAUUGGCGGUCUCUGAAGACUUUUGGGUAGAUGUCGGUAUGGUAACGGCCAGCGCCAGCGAGGUAGAGAAGAGGCUAAUUUCGCGUCUACCAGACCCUUGGGAGGCGCUACAAAAGGAGUACCAGCCCACAGCCGUUGUACUAGAUCACUUUGAAAAAGAGCUCAACGAAGUCUAUGGCGGCAUCGAGACCUACGACGGCAGUCGGAAGCCGUUUCACGUGGCACUACUCGCCGGAGCUGAUCUGAUACAGACCAUGUCUACGCCAGGCGUGUGGUCGGAGCAGGAUCUGGAUCACAUACUGGGCCACUACGGAGCAUUCGUGGUGGAACGGGCAGGCACAGAUUUGGAGGAGGCAAUGAGCACGCUCGAGAAGUGGAAGCACAACAUCUAG